AUUGUGAGAUUUCUGCUAUUACCUAUUUUGCUACUUUGGUUUUGAAUUAGUUAAGCAGGAUGUAAUAGUCUCACGGUAAAAUUAUUGUAGCGCGCUGUUGCGAAUGAAAUUAUAAAAAAUGGAAGAGCAUUGGCGAAGAAAGGAGGUUCCCCAUUAAUGUAUGAAUGGUAUGGUGAGAGGUAUUGGGGUGCUGCCCAUGGAUUGGCAGGUAUUAUGAAUGUUUUAUUGGAUGUAGAGCUGAAACCUGAUGAGUUUGAGGAUGUCAAGGGCACCCUUAAAUACAUGAUCAAUAACUGUUUUCCCAGCGGCAACUACUCUGCAAGUGAAGAAGAUCGCAAGAGGGAUGUUCUUGUGCAUUGGUGUCAUGGAGCACCUGGAAUUGCUCUUACACUUGUCAAGGCAGUUAAGGUUUUUGGAGAUAAAGAGUUUCUGGAAGCAGCUAUAAAUGCUGCAGAGGUAGUGUGGAACCGCGGGCUGCUCAAGCGAGUUGGAAUUUGCCAUGGCAUCAGUGGGAAUGCGUAUGUGUUUCUCUCACUGUACCAGCUAACAGGCAACAUAGAGUUCUUAUACAAGGCCAAAGCAUUUACUUGCUUUCUGCUGGAUAGAGCUCACAAACUUAUAUCGGCCGGAGAGAUGCAUGGAGGUGAUAGCCCCUACUCAAUGUUUGAAGGAAUGGGAGGUAUGGCUUAUCUUUUUCUAGAUAUGAUCGACCCAUCCAAGGCUAGAUUCCCUGCUUAUGAACUCUAAAAUUUUUCUAUGAAUAUUAGGUCACAGUGGUUGAGUUGAAUACUAGGGUAGUUCAGUGCUGUCAUUUGAGUUGUAUAUGAAAAUGCAAUGAUAGAAGUCCACCUUCAGCCUCGACAA